AUGAGUUCCUCUGAGAGCUCUGCUUUUGAAUAUCGGCGUCGUCUACCAGAAGUGCCACGAACAGUGAGAUUUUCCGGCGAUGUUCUAAAUCGAAUAGACGACGUCGCUGAUAAGAUUGAGUCUGUGGGUUCACGAAUGCGCCAGGUAGAGAAUAUCAUUUCAGACAGCCGCGUAUCACCUCAAAGUGACCAGAAGAGCGAAUUGAUCAGGCUACGUGACGAUGUAAAUCGAACUCUAGCAGCGAUCGACCCGGGAACUGCAUCAACCCAUAAGGAGCACUUUCCAACAAGUUUCCCAUCUGACGGAGAUGCGAUCCGAACAAAUCUCCAGCGCAUCAAUGCAAAGAUUUUCGAAGUAAGCUCCGAAAAAGAAAAUCAAGCAAAGGAGAUCGCAGAUCUUCGACAAAAGCUUGCUGAAUCACAGAUAAAAGCAAAACUAGCUGAGGAAGAGGAACGUAACUCGAUGGAAAAGAAGCUUAAAGAAAAAUCAGAUCGUGAACAGUUUCUAACACAACAUCUUAGCGCUGUCUCUGAGAGAGCAGAGACUGUUUCAGGACGAAAUUACGAGCUACAGCGUGAAAUGUCAGACACUCAGGCGGAAAAUGCCAAGCUUCGCAAGGACUGUCAGAGCUUGAUUCAGGUGAGUCCGAGGCCAAUAAGGAUAGCACAGGAUGAGUACGCGACAGAGGCUAACACCAGUCAGACAUUGGAGCAAUUUGACGAUUCAUUCACAGAUAUAAGCAGCGUUGAAGGAGAUUAUUACGACCAACAUUUGACCUUAUCGGUUACCGAGUCCUCGGAUUCAGAGGAUUCAAGACAUGAAUACAUUCCAACUCCUCAAAAUUCACCACAAGACUUACGUUAUAGAACAAGGCACGCAGAGCGGUUGAGCGGAGGUACCGACGCCUUCGGUGCAAAAGUCCACAAAUGGGAAGAUUUGUUUCCGUCUCAGGAAAUCGAGAAAUUGCGUCUUGAACAAGUUGAGGAUAAGCGUCUGCACAACGAAAAUGAACGGGUAACUGCUCAGUUGGGCCGACAAGUCGCAGAACACCGAACUCAAUCUGAGCACCUUCUUGCAGAAACAAAGCGUCUGACAGAAAAUUUAGACACAGCAAAGACUCAAUCAAACAACAUCUCACAACAACUAAAACAAGCUGAACUCAUUCGAGAACAACUUGGGAACGAGAAUACUCGCAUUCGAGAUGAGCUAGUUACCACUUCGAAAAAGCUUAGCGUCACCGCCGAAUCAGAGACUGAGCUCAAAGAAAAAGUAGACGCGGCGAGACUUCGUGAGGUUUCGAUUCGGGCAGAACUAGAUUCCGUCCGAGAGAGGAAUGGAGCAUUUGAAACGAAAACAGUCGAGAUCCAGAAAGAAGCUGAACGUUUUAAAAAUCAAGCGAUCAAGAACGACGCUGAGAACCGAUGUUUAAAAGCUCGCAUUUCCGAAAUGGAAGCGGAAAUUACGUCGCUUCAGAAUCGACUAGUAACAUCAGAAGAACAUCAGAGCCAAACUGCGUCUCAACUCUUCACGGCGGAGAGAAAGCUGCGUGAAACCACUGAACACGCAUCGAGAGUUGAGGACACAAACAGGACAAGUCAGCAACUGCAGCAUCAACUCGAGCGGGAGAUCGUAAAGAGUCGCGAAGAAAGCAACUCUCUCAAAGACGAGCUUCAAUCCACGAAAGAAAAGCUCUCACAUGAGCAGGCAAAGAACCAGAUGCUUCAACGCGAUUUGGAGAACUUGAACGAACGAUUGAAUAGCGAUCAGGCAAUGAACCAACGCCAAAUUCAGUGCCUUCGCGAAGAGCACGCACGUGACAAGAAACUCUUGGAUGAACGAAUUGUCACUCUUUCCAGUGCCUCAGCUCAGGAUGUCAAAAACGCCCAAGAUGCGAACACAGCCCUGCGAGCGGAACUUAAAGCUGCUACGGACGAAGUGAAACAUCAAACCGAUAAAGCUAAACUUGCUCGCGAUGGGCUCCGAGAUGCUGAAUCUAAGCUAAAAAUGACCGUUAUCGAGCUCGAAGAAUCUAAACGAGCGAACGAGACGCUCAUUGCGAAGAACCGAACUGUCAAGGAUAAUUGCGAUCAAUUUGAAAAAGAACUGCUUCAAUCGCGCCAAGAUGUUUCGAAGUUAGAGAUUUUGUUACGACGCAGUUGCGCGAUCGCUAAGAGCCGGGAGGAAUCUGACGUUCCUAUCAAUGAACUUCCCGGCUUUAUCGAACGAUUACAACAAAGCAAUGAGGCACUCUUAGCGAAAACGCAACAAGUGACAAUCGAGCUCGAGCAAUCAAAGAUAAAAAUCGAGAAGCAAUCAAGAGACUUUUCGUCGUCCCGAAGACAGCUUCAUGACGAGCUGAAUGCCGCAAAAGAUGAAGCUUUGUCCUUCACGAAAAAGAACUCUCAACUCAGCGUCGAAAACCAGGAGCUCAAAAUGAAGCUCCAGGGACACAAAGACAAGUUCGAAACACUGAGAAGUGAGCUUGACCGCGCCGCGAUGAAACGCGAAAUCCUUAAACUUGACAAAUGA